AAUUUAUAUUAUACUAAAAUUAAAUACAAAAAGGAAAAAGAAGAAAUUUUGUAUUAAGGAAAUAUGUUACGCUUGUGUAUAAAAUAACAAAUACCAAACCCCUAAGGAUUUGCGUGAUUUAAGUCUAAUAAAUAUUCUUUUAGAUUUGAUCGGUCUCUGCUUCUUCCUCUACGGUGUCUCUUGGUUAAUCUUUUCUUAGCCAUGGAUGAGGACUAUUACUUGAGCUACGAGGAGGACGAGGAAGCAGAAGAAGAGGAGGAGGACAAUGAUAUGUAUGAUAAUGAUAAAUAUCAGCAGGCUGAACAACAUGAGCCGGAGCCCUCCGCAAAAUCAACUAGCCAACUCAUCACGAAUGAAUCACUCGUAGCCGCACAGAAGGAAGUUUUGGCUAGGGUUAUGGACCUGCUCACUGUCAAGAAGAGCCAAGCAAGGACUCUUCUCAUUCAUUACCAGUGGAACGUUGAUAAACUCGUCGAUGUUUAUAGUGAAAAAGGCAGAGAGAUUCUGUUUAAAACUGUCGGUCUUACUGUCUUUGAUCGUCGUCCUUCCUUGUCUGAAUCUCGGUACUCUUUGAAGAAGAAGAAGAUGAGUUGCGAGAUCUGUAUGGAAGAUGGUUUACAAAGCUACACGAUGACGACAAUGGACUGUGGUCAUUGCUUUUGUAAUAACUGCUGGAAGGAGCAUUUCACAGUGAAGAUCAACGAAGGUAUGAGCAAAAGAAUCGCAUGCAUGGCUUAUAAAUGCAACGCGAUUUGCGAUGAAGAUGUUGUUAAGAAGCUAGUUCAUCCCGAAGUAGCUGACAAGUUUGAUCGUUUCCUCGCUGAGUCAUACGUUGACGAUAACAAAAGGGUCAAGUGGUGUCCGAGCACGCCUCAUUGCGGUAACGCGAUAUGGAAAGAAGAUGAUGAUGGCGAGGUUGAAUGCUCUUGUGGUCAUCAGUUUUGUUUCAAAUGUCUUUGCGAGUCUCACUCUCCUUGCUCUUGCUUGAUGUGGAAGCUAUGGAGCAAGAAGUGUGAAGAUGAGUCCGAGACGCUUAACUGGAUCACGGUCCACACGAAGAUGUGUCCUAAAUGCAGCAGACCUGUCGACAGGAGUUAUGGGUGCAACCUCAUGACAUGUAUCUGUGGCCAGCAUUUUUGUUGGUUGUGUGGUGGAGCUACUGGUGUAAGCCAUGAUAUGACUACUAUCUAUGGUCAUAGUUGUGGUAAGUUCAAGGAAGACAAGGUGAAGCAAAUGGAGAUGGCUAAAAGGGAUUUAGAAAGGUAUACACAUUACUAUCACCAAUACAGAUCACAUAAAGAUUCAUCAAAGCAGGAGGAUAAACUUAGAGCGAGUGUCCGUGAGAAGGCGGCGUCAGUGUCAGCAAAAAAAGACUACGUUAUGCAUAAGGAUAUGACAUGGGUAACAGAUGGGGCCGACAUGUUAUUGAGAUCAAGAAAAGUUCUUUCAUAUACAUAUGUUUUUGCCUUCUACAUGUUUGGUGAAGAGCUGUUCAAAAAAGAGAUGAGUGAUGAGGAAAGAGAGAUGAAGAAGAAUCUGUUUGAGAAUCUGCAGCAGCAACUUAUAGGUUAUAUUGAGAGACUUUCCAAAACUUUGAACCAGCCUUUUGAGUCUUAUACUAGUGAUGAGUUGAAUAAGAUGAAGGCUGAGACUAUAAACUUUCGUGAUGUGGUUAAGAAUCUCUGCAAGGAGAUGUAUAACUGCGUUGAGAAUGACUUGUUGGGUACAACACCAUCUGCAUACAACCACAAGAUUGCAUCUUACAGUUCAGAUGGGAUAGAGAAAGCAAUUGAGUUUGGUGCUGACAUGGUCUUAGGUUCAAGCGGAAGGACUUCUAUGUCUCAGCAAGAUUCAUGACCAUGGAGCUUGUAGAAGGCAGGUACUCUUUUUAGCUUUCGCUUUGUAAACCAUUGAUGCAGUGCACAAAUGAACAUUUCUUUUGUUUUUUCUUCAGUUUUUUGUUUUAAUAAAUUAAUGUUGAGUUAUUACUUAAAACACUACAAGUCUACGAGUAAUGUGCUUGUCUACUGAUGGCUCAUAAUCAUUCCUUAAUUAUAUACUAUCAAACACGGAUAUACUAUAGUACAGCGACGUAGACUCGUAGACUUGUAGUGUUUUGAGAUUUCACUAUCAUUUGAUGCGGUCCCUGUUGUUUUGUCUGUCACUAUUAAAGCAGUGAUUGAUAAAAGCGAGAAAAUAACUUCGUUAAACCACAAUGUAUAUUACAAAGUCCACUUCUUACA